GCCAGCGCUGUCCUUCAAGUCAUCUCCUUCUCCUGUAACGUCGUUUCUCUCUGCCACGGCAUUUACGACGGCAAACCCACAGUCGAACAUGACCUUGAAGUCUACGCAUCCCGGAUGAUCGAGGCGGCCGGCCGCGUUCAGACUCGCUGCCAGGCGAUGCCACAGAUGACAGACGCCGAGAAGAAACUGGCAGAAAUAGGUCGCAAGUGUCAAGAAGCUGCACAAGACCUAGAAAAAGAGACUCAGGCUGUGACCCAGCUGUGCCAAAAGGGCACGCUUUACAAGGCGGCUUGGGCAACGUUUCGGUCGAGCAAGCAUAGGAAGAAUAUCGAGAGACUGCAAAAGCCCCUCGAAGGGUACAGACGGGUGAUGGAGACGCAGCUGAUGCUGCAACUUUGUACGAGUAGCGAUGCCAUCGAACUGAAACAGGGCCAAGAAUUCCGAAAUCUUUCCGACGAUGUACAAGCCCUUGUCUCACAAAUAGCGAUCGGCCACACAAAGAUCGAGGAUCUCGUCAAUAUCGAACACAGCGCGACCCGCGAUCUUGUCAUCAGGGAAGCAGAAAGAACGCGGGGAGAAGUCAACACGGAAAUGCGGGCUCUCGGCGCGAGAGCAGCUACAGAUUCCCAACGUGAAGGUCUCCUCAAAAGCCUCAAGGUCGACGUAAUGAACCAACGAUACAACGAUGUCAUGGAUUCGAACCGUUCCACCUUUGAGCGAGUAUUCCUUUCAUUUGAUCACAUGAGUCAUCAAGACGAUCCCGACGACGGACAAUCUCUGGACGUCGAUGCUGUAGAUGAGAGCGACAGUUCAUCUUACACCGAGUCCGAUCGGUCACAAGAUUCCGAAGAUGUGACGACAGAGAUCGAUGAGAAAUGGUGUGGUUUCAUUUCGUGGCUUCAGUCGGACAAAGACAAGAUAUUCUGGAUUCGGGGAAAACCAGGGUCAGGCAAAAGCACCUUGAUGAAGUUCAUGAUAGACAACGAUAACACCAAGCGGUUACUAGACCGUUGGAGGCCGGGCACCAAAAUCUUGAGUCACUUUUUUUGGAAGAUUGGAUCUCAGCCCCAAAACAGCAUCAAGGGUCUGCUAUGCUCGUUAACUUACUGCAUUUUGAGUGGGUGUAAUCGCAAAGUCGAUCAAGUCCUGGACCGUUUUGAUAAUGCAUUGUCAAAGGAUUCGUAUCACGACUGGUCAUCUGCAGAACUGGAGAAAAUUCUAUUUUCCUUGUUGGAAGAGGACGACUACCCGGUUUGCAUCUUCAUCGAUGGCCUCGACGAGAUAUCAGAUAAAGAUGGAUACUUCAAGCUUCAGGGCCUCGUCGAAAGGUUAAACACGUGAAACAAUACCAAGGUCUGCGUUUCCAGUCGACCAGAAACCCAACUCGUGGAAAGAUUCGAGACGUUAGGGGCGACGAGUAUUCGACUAGAAGAUCUCACCAGACCCGAGAUGAGGACCUACGUGAACAAGCAACUCCAACCAUUCAGUUCAGACGGACGAAUAUCCGCCCGGACCCUAUGGAGGCUCACAGAUGG